AUGAGCAGGCAGAAGCCUCUGCUUGCUCGCCAGUUCGUUGAAAUUUCCAAAGUCCGCAUCGAGGGCUUGAUGAAUGCCUUCCUCAAACUUGUUGAGCACGCAGGAGCAGAUCACACAUACGUGGAGUCAGACUGCGCGCGCUACGUCUACCAGCCGCUAGAUAAUGUGUAUCUCGUCCUCAUCACGACGAAGCACAGCAACAUUUUGGAGGACUUGCAAACGCUUCGUGUCUUUGCCACCAUUGUCCAGGAUGCAUGCGCUGGCGAAGGCCUUAGCGGAGGCGUGAACGUGGAGCAAGUGGUGGUUGAGAAUGCAUUUUCAAUCAUCUUUAUGGUCGACGAGUUGAUUUCCUUCGGGCUCAGAGAAGCGAUUACGCUUGCGCAGAUCAAGACGUUCACGGACAUGGAUUCUCACGAAGAGAAACUUCAGCGCAUUAUCCAGGAGGGCAAAGAGAAGGAGGAGAAAGAGCGAAGGAGACAGAUUGCACAGCGGCUGGACAAGGAACGAGCUGCGAAGGCGAAGCCUUCUUCUGGGAGUCCAGAUGCGUCCUUCCUCGCGUCUGCUUCGCUUUAUGCGCCUACGGGAACGGCUGCUGCCGCGGUGCCGAGUCUAGCCGCGGCUGCUGACUACAUUCAAAUGUAUGGCGGAUCUCCAGAGCACCUUUCUGCCCUCGCCUCUGCCGCCGUGGGCUCGGAAACUGCCUCCAGCGUCGAGCCGGGUGCAGGGUCUUCGGCAGUCGGCUUAUCUUCGGGUGCAGGCAAGGGCAUGCAGCUGGGGCCCCAGCGCGCGCCAUUCGGCCUCGGAGACGCUCGGGGGCACCCAGAGAGACACCAGCUCCAUGCCGGGACGGCCUUGGAGAGAGCUCUGGGAACUGCCGUGGGCGCGAGUGUGGAGACCACGGUGCGGCACGGAGCCCCCGCAGACGCAGCGGACGAGGCCGCCGCCCUCGCCGCGGUAGGCGGAGGUGCAGGAGCUCCAGUGAUUGUCAAUCCUCUAGUGGAACCUGUACACGCGCUGGUCGAGGAGAAGGUGAAAGGCACUCUUCAGGCCGAGGGAGGAGUUGACGAACUGGACAUCCAGGGAACCUUCUUCGUCACCGUGUCGGACCCCAACAAGGCUGGCCUCGCGGCUUUCAGAGUGUCGCCGGAAGACAAACGCUUCAAAACCAAAGUCCACCCUAACAUGAAUCGACAGAGCUACGCACAAAACGUCCUCGAACUGAGAUGUCCUACUCGCGCGUACGUUGCAAAUGCCGCGGCGGCCAUUCUCAAGUGGAGACUCCAAACGAAAGACGAGAGCUUGUGUCCGCUGUCGAUCAGCUGCUGGCCGUCUGUGGCGGCGAAUGGCGUGACUCUGACAGUCGAGGUGGAAGCUACGGAGCCUUCAAGGACUCUCCACGACGUCCAUUUCUCCUUCACUUGUCCGUCUAGUGUUCCUCACCAGAUUCUACGAGUCGAAGGAGGCGAGACGCAGCACGAUGGACUGUCGAUCCACUGGCGCCUGCCAGAGAUGUCUGUGUCGGGUCUCUCUGCUGCGACUCUGGAGUUUUUUGCGGCGACGAGCGUCACUACAGUUCUUCCCUUUUCCGUCGAGAUGCACUCGAAGGAGAGUAUUUGCGACUUCGACGUCCUCGAGUGCUUCCACAUGGAGAAGGCCGAGCCGAUUGCCUACGCUCUCACACGGCGCACAGACUACAUGCUGACAGUGCGUGCGUAGACCUCGUGCCCGCGAAGAAACCAAAACGCGGAGGAGAGAGUGGGCACCACACAGGGGCGCAACAGCAGAUAAACAUUCACACGACGCCGCAGAAGGCGUCGAAGAAAACGCUCCUCGCUAUCGUUCUGCGGGCAAGGGAGCGAGCUGCAGCAGGCGUCAGAGGGGGAAGAAGUUUCUUUUGUGGAACCGUGCAAAGUCUACUUUUGAACCUGGGCAAGUGUCUGUUUUUUCGGGUGUAGAAAACGUCGAGCAGGGCGACCCCGGUGUCGUCACGAGUGACGGGGAUCGCCAGUGUUCCUUUCGCUCGACGUCGUGGUUUCUUCUCAAGCGGGAGGGCUUUUCACGAAAGGCAGAGAUGCACUUUGUUUGCGGGGUCUCCCCUUCCGUGUUCCCUCUUCUGCGUGUUUCCCAGAGAAAAGUGCAUCAAAAAUAUGACGGGGAUCUCUUCUACACUUGUUUCUUGUGUGCGUGCGUCAACUUUCGCCACGCUCGAGAUCCGCCUGGCCGCUUCUCGCUUGUACGAGGCGGAGAGCUACAAGAAAAAGUGCGGAUGCGUGUGCACUUUGUUGUGGUCUACCGCAUCCGCUGGUAAGUAUGUAAGGAGACAGCUGUACGCCCGCGGACUGAAUCAUCCCAAAAUCCCACCGUCACGAGCUUGACUGAAAUAGGUUCCAGG